GAUAAAAAUAAAACAUAUGUUUAACAAUGAUUUUUUCAAUAAUCUAAAGAAAUUCUAUUGAGUAUUACUGUAAAAAAAAAGUAAUAUCGGAGAUUGUUCUCUUUGAAUAUUUGUCAGAAUUAAAAUCAUCAUUUAAGAUUUAAAAUGUCUGCUUCAGCCGUUAGUCAAAAAUUACCAAGACCGCAAUUACGUGGUCUCUUUCAUCAAAGAACCAAAAUACAUUUAGUUACAAGUGUUGUUCUCUCAAUAUUAGCUGGUGUUACUUACAAGUAUACUGUUGGAGAACCUCGAAAAAAGAAAUAUGCAGAAUUUUACAAAAAUUAUGAUGCUGAUCAAGACUUUGAAAGGAUGAGAAAAUUAGGUCUUUUUUCUUCAUGCCCAGCAGAUGAUUAAAUGCCAUUUUGCUAUACAAAAAUAGUUUAUCAGUUGUUUAUUAUUAUUUACAUGAAAUUAAUGAUUACACUUUCCUAUUUAAAUAUAAUUAUUUUUAUGUGUUAAUUUUAUUAAGACUUAUAAAUGUGAACAUGUAACUAUAAUUAUUUAAAAUUCAAUGUUCUGGUCAAGCCAUAAAACAAAUUGAAUGUGCAUAUAUUGUAAUGUAGGGCAAUAUUAAUAGUAAAGGUCAAUAAAUUGAGAAAACUAAAACUAA